AGAGAAACAUCCACGAAGAAGUCAGAGUGGACUAACGCAGCCGUAGUCUGGAGACUACGGUGUUAAAAAUAAAUUAAAAAAAAAAAUAUGGAUAAAAAGAAGAAACCCAUCGACGUGACUGCUUCGUCGUUAGUGGACCUUAAAGCUGAACUGUACAGGAAGCAGGAACAGUUCAAACAGGAGAAACUUGGGCAGGAAAAUGCUGGUGCUGGAUUUAAAUCAAAAUCCAAAGUGAAGAAACCCAAUGUCUGGAGCAAACAAAACGCCGGCGUUUCAGCAAGGGCUGAGAAAGAUGCAGAGCAGCUGGCCGAGGAGCAGAUCAGUCUUGACACAGCAAGACGCAAGUUGGAGGAGAAAGCUAAACUCUAUGAGCAGAUGACAAAAGGAGACUUUCCAGAUGAAGAGACAGAGGGUCUGUUCCUGGUUGAUUUCACGCAGAAGAUUAUUGACAAAAACAGAGAAACACAAGCACAGAGGGACUUAGAAAAAGAGGAGGAUGAGGAAAGAGACGGCUCGACACCUAUACCUGCUCCUCAAAACCCAGAUGAGGAAUGGGUGGACUAUGUGGACGCUUUGGGUCGAUCUCGACGAUGCAUGAAGAAAGACUUGCCGGAAUUUAAGAAAAUGGACCAAGACUUCAAAGGAAAAGGAAAAGCCUCAUCUGAGAAGACCUUACUCUCAGAGGACAUGCGUCGAGAGCUGCAGAGGCAGGAGUGGGAGAGAGAGGAAGAGGAGGCUAUGAGCAGGCCAGUUGGACCAAUCCACUACGAGGAUAUCAGAGGACAAGAGGCUCGAGAACUUGGUGUGGGCUACUUUGCGUUCUCUCAGGAUGUAGAGCAGCGCAGAAAGCAGAGGGAAACUCUGAACAUGCUCAGAGACCAGACAACAGAGCAGCGCAGUAAAAGAGAAAGACUGAAGGAGAAGAGACAGGCCAUCCUGCAGGCCAGACUGGCCAAGGUGAGGCAGAGGAAGAUGAAGAAGCCCAAGUUGGACGGCACUGAAGAAGAGGAGAGAGAUGAGGAGAAUGAAGGAGAGGAAGAGGGAAGUGAAUUAAUAGGACCCCCGCCUCCACCAGAGGACUCCCCAGAGAUCAGCACAGUGAGGAAGGUGGAAGUGGAGAUCCAGGAGAGGAGGGACACUAAACCAGGAGUUCCUCAUGUCAGAGAAUGGGACAGAGGCAAAGAGUUCAUGUUUAGCGAGUGGAAAACCCGGCGCCGUGAAGAGCGAGAUUCAGAGUUUGCACCUCCCUCUGCAUAUUUUAGUGAUGAGAAGAAACAAAGACCAGGGAAUAAAACUCAGGAGAAUAAAUCCAAAAUGUCCUUCAAGUGGACAAAGGGGCCAGGAGGAAUCUCAGAGAGCAAAGAGGAAUCGAAACCUCAGCCUGAAACUACUCCUUCACCACCUCAACCUCAGCAAAAUUAUCCAAGUCCUUCACAGCCACAGACAUCAUCUCAGCCACCACCUUCAAACCCUCCCGUUGUUACAGUUCCUGUUGCUGCUCCCCCUUUUACUCCCCAGUACCCCCCUCCCCCAUUUUAUCCCCCCUUUCCUCCUUCACAUCCUCCUCAGUUUGCUGGUCCACCUCACCUACCUCCUCACUUUCUGCCCCAGUAUCCACCCCAGUAUCUGCCCCAGUACCCCCCCCAGUAUCCACCUCAGUAUCCACCUCAGUAUCCACCUCAGUAUCCACCUCAGUAUCCACCUCAUCUGCAGAGCCAGUCUCAGCCUCAGCAGCCCCCAGAGCCCACAGACCACAACCAGGCCCAGCAACCCCCUCAGGACCCUUCUCAGAGUCUGGACGACAUGCUGUCCUUUUACAGGAACUCUACCUAAUCUCUGAAAUAUCAUGUUUGCUGUGUAUUUGGUUCAUUUUGGGAUUCGUAAACUUCACUUUUAAGCUUCCAAAUUCACAGAAACUAAACCACGAUAAUGUUUGAGUCAAACCAGUGUGUGUUUUCCCCCAUGUGAAGGACAGACAGUCUGUCUGUUCAAGACUCACACGACAGGUCUGGACCCCUCGUAAAUCUGAAAAAAUGUGAGUACAAGACAAUUGGUGAAUGCCACAAAUUCUCUUAAAUUGCUCACACAUACCACUUCAGAACCAAUCUGCUGGUAUGACUGAUGCUUGCAUGAGGUCCAGUGUCUCAGCUCUUUGGAAUUUUAGCAUUUAAUAAAUAUCAGGUAUUUAAAUGGACUUUGUUCUGACGGUUUUGUUUUUGCUCUUAUGUGUUACAAAAACAACACAAAAACCAAAACUUCCACUUCAUGAAGCAUUUGUGUAAAUGACAAGAGAGCAUGACAUGAGGUUUUUACCCCUGUUUGAAAUCUGGAAGAUGAUUAAAGUCUGGACAUUGAGAUGCAGUAUGAGAAUAUCCACCAGAUGGUACUGUACGCCUUCAUGUUGACAAAACCUCUGCACCCUGACCAGGCUGGUUGUGCACUGCAGUGGUUUAUCUUAACUGUGAUGGGAAAUCAUUCAAGAGCUGCGACUAACAAUCAUUUUCAUUAUCGAUCCAUUAAAUUACUUAUUUUUAUGUCUGGAAAUUGUCAGAAAAUGGUGAAAAAUGUACAUCAUGGUUUCUUAGAGUCCAAGAUGAUGCUGCAGAGGCCUUGAUUUUUCACCUCCACCCAACAAUGUCCAGUUUAUUAUCCCAUUAGAAAGAAAA